AGCGGCGGCACCCGGCGCUUAUAGGGCCGGGAAUGGGGCUGCCGCCGCCGCCGCCGCCUAGUCAGCUUAGUGUCCGCCGGAGCUCGGCCGCUGCCGCGCUGUCGUCGCGCCGCCCCCGGAAUCGGCCGGCCGGGCCCGGAGCCAAGGCCGCGUCCUCGCCAUGCCGGCACGGUGGCCGCUGCUCUUGCUGGUGCUGCUGCUGCUGCCCGGCCCGGAGAUUUUUGGCAGCACCAGUACAGUAACACUACCUGAAACCUUGUUGUUUGUUUCAACCCUGGAUGGAAGUUUGCAUGCUGUCAGCAAGAGGACAGGCUCAAUCAAGUGGACUUUAAAAGAAGAUCCAGUUCUACAAGUCCCAACACACGUGGAAGAGCCUGCCUUCCUCCCAGAUCCCAAUGAUGGCAGCCUGUAUACACUUGGAGGCAAGAACAAUGAAGGCCUGACGAAACUUCCCUUUACCAUCCCGGAACUGGUACAGGCAUCCCCCUGCAGAAGUUCAGAUGGAAUCCUCUACAUGGGUAAAAAGCAGGAUAUUUGGUAUGUCAUUGACUUACUGACUGGAGAGAAGCAGCAGACUCUGUCAUCAACCUUUGCAGAUAGCCUCUGCCCAUCAACCUCUCUUCUGUAUCUUGGACGGACAGAAUACACCAUCACCAUGUAUGACACCAAGACGCGAGAGCUCCGCUGGAAUGCCACCUACUUCGACUAUGCAGCUUCCCUUCCUGAGGACGAUGUGGACUAUAAGAUGUCCCACUUCGUGUCCAAUGGUGAUGGGCUAGUGGUGACGGUGGACAGUGAAUCUGGGGAUGUCUUGUGGAUCCAAAACUAUGCUUCCCCCGUGGUGGCCUUCUAUGUCUGGCAGCGGGAAGGUUUGAGGAAGGUGAUGCACAUCAAUGUGGCUGUGGAGACCCUGCGCUACCUGACCUUCAUGUCUGGUGAGGUGGGACGUAUUACCAAGUGGAAGUACCCAUUCCCCAAGGAGACGGAGGCCAAGAGCAAGCUGAUGCCCACCUUGUAUGUUGGGAAGUACUCCACCAGUCUCUACGCCUCCCCCUCUAUGGUACACGAGGGAGUCGCUGUUGUGCCUCGUGGCAGCACUCUUCCUUUGCUGGAAGGCCCCCAGACUGAUGGUGUCACCAUUGGGGACAAGGGGGAAUGUGUGAUCACACCUAGCACGGACCUCAAGUUUGACCCUGGAUUCAAGGGGAAGAACAAACUAAACUACUUGAGGAAUUACUGGCUUCUCAUAGGACAUCAUGAAACCCCACUGUCUGCAUCUACUAAGAUGCUGGAGAGAUUUCCUAACAAUCUACCCAAACAUCGGGAAAAUGUGAUUCCUGCUGAUUUGGAGAAAAAGAACUUUGAGGACGUUAUUAACCUGGUUGACCAGACUUCGGAAAACACACCAAUUACCAUGUCUCAGGAUGUCGAAGAAAAGUUGGCUCAUGCUCCUGCCAAACCUGAGGCUUCUGUGGACUCCAUGCUCAAGGACAUGGCCACCAUCAUCCUGAGCACCUUCCUGCUGGUCGGCUGGGUGGCUUUCAUCAUCACCUACCCGCUGAGCAUGCAUCAGCAGCACCAGCUCCAGCACCAGCAGUUCCAGAAGGAACUGGAGAAAAUCCAGCUCUUACAGCAGCAGCAGCUGCCUUUCCACUCCCAUGGAGAUGCAACCCAAGAAGCUGAGCUCCUAGACACAUCUGGCCUCUACUUGGAGAGCUCAGGGACCAGCAGCUCCAGCCCAUCCCCCAGAGCCUCCAACCACUCACUUCACUCCAGCAGCUCUGCCUCCAAGGCUGGUGCCGGCCUCUCCCUGGAGCAAGAUGACGAGGAUGAGGAAACCAGUGUAGUGAUUGUUGGGAAAAUUUCAUUCUGUCCCAAGGAUGUCCUGGGUCAUGGAGCCGAGGGCACAAUUGUAUACCGGGGCAUGUUUGACAACCGUGAUGUGGCUGUGAAGAGGAUCCUCCCUGAGUGUUUUAGCUUUGCAGACCGUGAGGUCCAGCUGCUGAGAGAAUCAGAUGAGCACCCAAACGUGAUCCGUUACUUCUGCACCGAGAGGGACCGGCAGUUCCAAUACAUUGCCAUUGAGCUGUGUGCAGCCACACUGCAGGAGUAUGUGGAACAGAAGGACUUUUCCCACCUUGGCCUGGAGCCCAUUACCUUGCUGCAGCAGACCACCUCAGGCCUGGCGCACCUCCACUCCCUCAACAUUGUUCACAGAGACCUGAAGCCCCACAACAUUCUCCUUUCCAUGCCCAAUGCUCAUGGCAGGAUCAAGGCCAUGAUUUCUGACUUUGGCCUUUGCAAGAAGCUGGCAGUGGGCAGGCACAGCUUCAGCCGCCGUUCUGGGGUACCUGGCACCGAAGGCUGGAUUGCCCCGGAGAUGCUGAGUGAAGACUGCAAGGAGAACCCUACCUACACGGUGGACAUCUUCUCAGCAGGCUGCGUCUUUUACUAUGUCAUCUCUGAGGGCAGCCAUCCUUUCGGCAAGUCCCUUCAGCGGCAGGCCAACAUUCUCCUGGGUGCCUGCAGCCUUGACUGCUUCCACCCAGAUAAGCAUGAAGAUGUUGUUGCGCGUGAGUUGAUAGAGAAAAUGAUCUCAAUGGAUCCCCAGCAGCGGCCCUCGGCAAAACAUGUGCUAAAGCAUCCAUUCUUCUGGAGCCUAGAAAAGCAGCUCCAGUUUUUCCAGGAUGUGAGUGACCGAAUAGAAAAGGAGUCCCUGGAUGGCCCCAUAGUGAGGCAGUUAGAGCGAGGCGGAAGAGCCGUGGUGAAGAUGGAUUGGAGGGAGAACAUCACUGUCCCCCUCCAGACAGAUCUGCGUAAAUUCAGAACCUACAAAGGUGGCUCUGUCAGAGAUCUCCUCCGAGCCAUGAGGAAUAAGAAGCACCACUACCGGGAGCUCCCUGUGGAGGUGCGGGAGACUCUGGGCUCCCUCCCUGAAGACUUUGUUCGCUACUUCACAUCACGCUUCCCCCACCUCCUCUCACAUACCUACCAAGCCAUGGAACUGUGCAGCCACGAGAGACUCUUCCAGCCCUACUACUACCACGAGCCCCCAGAGCCCCAGCCCCCAGUGACUACAGACACCCUCUGAGCAGGCGGCGCCUCCGACCUGAUGGCUACAGCUAAGACUGUGGGCCUGGUCUCUGCAGUCCAGACCUCUACGCCUCCAGGCUUAGCAGGGAGACCAGGCUUCCCAACCAAGUGCCUUGCACUGCCACUGUGCAGCCAGCAGAGGCUAAUGCUGACCUCAGGAGGUAGAAGAGGUGGCCCCUCCUCUACGGGGAGGUCGGAAGAGGCUGGCCCUGAAAGCUUUGUAGUCGGGGAUGUCUACAAAGGAGCGCCCAUCCCAGAGGCUGCAAGAGGAGCACCAUUGACCUUCUGCUGGAUGAAUUCAUGUCGACUGACAUUUCUUUUAAUAUCUCUGUUUGACAGCAGUGUGGAGGCCUUUCUGGAAGGGCAUAGGGGAAACCUAAGGCUUGCCUUUGUGCUGGGAUACAGCAAGUGCUUUUGCUAGAAAUGGUCUUGAGAGGUGCAGGGCAUCGAGGAGGUCAUUCACAAGUAUUAACCUGGGCACAGGAGGCACCUCACUGAUUGUAAAUGUGCCCUUAGCCUCCAGAUUCAUGGUAGCCAGUGUUGCUUCAGGCAGCAAAGCUGUGACCAUUGGGCAUGAAGUUAGGGACUGGUCAGCCAUGCACGCAGGGCCCUGAGGUGCAUCUGUAGCUCUCUGAAAGACAAGGAGAACACUCUAUUCUGGAGGCAGUGCUGGCCCAGCACACCCGUGACCUGUGGUAGAUUGUGUCCUGGGCCCUUUGGGUCAGAGAUGAAGAGUUCAUCAAGGAGGGUGGCUAAGACUAGACAGGGACAGGCCUCGAGACUAAAUGAGGCGAGCCCAAAGGGAGCCUCCCAGCCACUAAGAAAGCUCUGAGCCAGAGAGUGAGUGGUAAGGUCCCUCCGUCCCAGAGGCCAACAGAUCAGGACACAUACAGCGAGUCAGGACCCAGCAUUAAGAGCCAAAGCCAGGGUCACCACAGGCUUGAUGAGCCAGCUUUUAAGGUUCUCCUAGCAAGUUUUAAUGACUACAUUUUAAUCUUACUAUAGAAAGCUCCAUUUAACCUAAGUGAGCUAAACUGUUGCUUACUUAUGAAGAAGAAAUGCAAUCUAUAUUCUAUUCUAUUUUGUAUGGUACCAAAAAUUGCCAUCCCUUCAAGAGUGUUUCCAUGAGAACUCUCUCUAAUGCUCAAAGUAAAACAUUCUAGUGACACUAUGUAAAUGUAUUCAUGUCAAAGUGAUGUUCCGUAAAUUAUUGCUUCUUUCUUUCUCUAAAAUUAAUAUCAUUUUUAACUUCUUUUUCAGUCAGAACUUUCCUGUGUCUCCUUCAGGAGGGGUUAGAGGAUAGGAUGCAGUGAGGGCCUGUAGUCUUUGGGAGGAGUCUCCCUGUGAACUUCCCCCAGCCAAUGCAGGGUCACGGCUGGUGAGCUGAGGCUGUAUUCGUGCAUGGUGAAAGCGGCAUUGCCAGCUUUCACAUUGACAGAAGUCCUUGCUGCUGCUGCUUGUGAGAGGUCUUCUGGAUAUGUUUGUAUCAGGGCCACUUAUCCAAAGCCUAUUCUGCCUCUAGAAAUCAAUUCCUUUGCUUUCAAAAUGGCCAGAGUGGCCUUUUUUCUUAACAGGAACCCUAUGUCUUUGAAACUCAUCCCUGACCCCAUCCAUGGAGCCUUGGCCCCAUAACUGGCUCCUUGAGCAUCUCCUACCUUAGCACUUUGCCAGUGGAUUCAAGAAGUAACAGUACAAGAGAAAGCCUGAGGAGAUAGGGCAGGUGCUAGGCUCAACCUAACAGGACUGUCAAGGGACUGCUGCUCCCCUUGUGCUUGUGGCUGUUUUUCCUCUUAAGAAUGCCCAGCUGGCUUCUAGAGGUCCUCACUGUUUGAACCCAAGUUGCCAAGCAACAGCCUUUUCAAAUGUCUUUUCCACUUACCAGUUAAUUUCUAAGGACUUCAAUUUUAUAAAAUUGUUCAUUGUGUUUUGUUUGAGCAUUUACUCUGUCGAGCUAGGCAGGACAUGGAGGUUAGGGAAACAGGUGAACAAGACAAAAGAAACUUCAACUGCCAUAAAGCUUCUUGUGAGAGAGCUGACAGCAACUGAGUAUCAGGACUACAAAGAAAACCCAAAUAGGUGGGGAAAGGUGUGGUGUGGGGCUUGCCCCUUUUCUGCUCUAGACUUGCCUGUGUCUGAGACUCCAUUGGCUCCAGUUGGGUCAGCUUCUGUCUGUCCUCUCCUUCACCAUGAGGGACCCAGGAAGUCUGAAGAGGUCUCGGAGCACUUUUGUUGAAAACAUCUUGGGCUUCAUCUGAUAUAUUCCAGUCUCUAGAAGUCUGGUUUCCCCUUGUAUUUGGCUCUUAAGGGGGAGGGGACUUUCUGCAAGUUGGAACAGCUCUCCAGCAUUGUGUGGCAUUAGUUCAAGUUACAGGGCUCUUACCAUUCCUGGAAGGUUGUUCACCUUUUAGACAGAAAUGAAUGCCCUCCUUCAAGAAUCAAAGAACACUAUAACUUGCUUAAGUCUUGUGUUGACUCUUUCUCUGGCAUGAACCUUUUUCUUGUUUCUUCUUAAAUCUUCCACUUAUAUUUAAAGCUCCACAUGUCUUUGGCACCAAAGCAUUUGCACUUUGGGGAUCACUUGUAUCACCUGUUAUGUCUCUAGACCAUCGAGUGGCUGAACGUGAGCCCAUAGCUGCAGAGGUGGCCCCUGGUGUGGGUGAAGCAGUUGUCUCAGAACCUUUCCUGUGAGACCACUGGUCAGUCACAGCCCUGUAUCAUGUUGGAGGUCCCAGGGGCAGCAGGCCCAGUUGAUGCUUUCCUUUACCACCUCUGAAGAUAAGUUAGUUCCUCAUCAGGGCCGAUUUGACUUGUGAAGAGGUUUUGUGAGUUGUGAUUCAGUGAUCAUUGGUAGUUCUUUCUUGUCAGAUAAGAGUAAUUAAGUCACCUCCUUCAGAAAUGACCUCCUGCUCACUCUCUUUCCAGGGAUAGGACAUCGGUCAUAUGCGGUUUCCUAUGGCUCUACUCCAUCUAGUCACUAGAUCUUCAUUUGUCUGCUUCUCAUCCAUUGUCUUUGUUCUGCAUUGGUUGGGAGGAGCCAGCAGCCCUGGAAAGAGACACUUGAAGUUUCCCCAUUAGCCCUGCUCUCUGCUCUUGGCAUUCCUGAAAUUGUACUUCUUCGUUUCCCAGCCUUUCUUUCCUACCCUUCCACCUCCAGGAGCAGUGAUGCUCACAGCUGGCCUGCAUCUGGCUUUUCCUGGAAGGAAACCCUCAGACAUUCUAUGUAGGGAGCCGAGAUUUCAGGGUUGGGUGGGCCAGUGAUCUUCUAGGCCAAAGUGUCCACUCUCUUCCUAUUCUUUGUUUUCUUUAUGAAAUAAUGAUUUCCCACGAAUAAGUCUGGUUUGUUAGGCACUUUUAAGUCUUUUGUGUAUUCAUUGGAAAGCCACAAAGGGCACAUCUGCGACGAGCCUCCCCUGGAGCAGCCUUAAGCACACUGCCAGCCCAAGUCCCAUGGGCUCACUGUCCUGUGCUCUGUGGGCUUGGUGGGUACAGUAUUCCUUCCUCCCUCGUGUCCCCAAAGCUGUGACGGGGAGGGAGACUCCCCACUCACCCCAGCAUUACCAGUCAGCACGCGCCAUGCUCACCUGGAUGCCUUCUGUAGUGUUCUUUUGCAAUGAUCUAUUUAUUGAACCUAUUUAUAUUUAUUUAAUUUUUACUCUGAAGUAUAACCAGUUACAAUUGCACUUGCUGAAAGCAUAUCAGAUCUAUUUUGGACAACAUCCCUGACCAUUUUAAAACUGGAAAAGGAAAAGUUAUACUGUAUCCUUCUGCCUUGCAGUAGUCUUAUCUUUAAAGGGUAAAUGAUUUGGUCGGGGUAAAAUGUUAAUUUUUAGGUGAUCUUUUUUUUCAUCUUGAAAAUCCUGUGCCAUUGUCUUCUCUGUGAACGGUUAAUUGGUAUGUGUUGAUCAUGUGAUACAAUCCUCUUUAUGGAACCUAAUAUCCUUUUUAGCAUUCUAUUUUAUAAACUGCCAGAUUGUACAACUUUUUAUGUGUAUUUUUAAAGCUUGAUGAUAAGAGGUCAUUAUCAAAGUUAAACAGCCUAUUUUUGUACCUCCUGUACAGUUUUAUAAUUCUGCUGAUCAAUGAUGGCGAUUUAUUGUUGAGCCAAGUACAAAUAAAAGUAGUUUUAGAUUUGGGA